AGAAAGCAUGGGAUUUUUGGAAACCUUUCGGAAGAACAUCACGUCAUUAGCAGAGCACAAACCAAUUGAUAAAAUUUACAUUGGUGUGUUUGGGAGGACAGGAGCUGGAAAGAGCUCCUUGAUCAAUGCGAUUGUGAAUGAAAAACAUCUUCUACCGUGUGGGGGGUCUCAAGCCUGCACUUCCGUCAUCGUGUACGUAGAGGCCAACACUAAGUCUGACAAAUACAGAGCAGACAUUGAUUUAAUGAGCAAACAGGAGUGGGAUGCGGAGCUACGCUUCCUGCUGGAAACACUCUCUAAUGAUCAGGAGGACAGAACUGAUGCUGACACUGAGUACGAUGAUGACGCUGAUGAGAUGCGAGACAUGGCUAAAGAAAAAAUCAAGUCACUUUACGGAGAGGAUGGACUUGAAAAAGGUUAUGAUGAAUUGGUGGGAAACAAGAAAGUCUCAGAUAUUCUGAAAAACUGCAGCAUUUCUUUGACUUACGACACAGCUGAAGAGCUGUCGGACGAAAUCGGCCGCUACAUUCGCAGUGACAGUGAUGGAGACCCUCAAUACUGGCCUCUGGUGAAGUGUGUGACCAUCUCCCUUCCUCGCUCUCCUGCUCUCCUGGACACAAUUGUGUUGGUGGACCUUCCUGGGGCUGGAGACGCCAACAAACAGAGAGAUGAGAUGUGGAAGGAGUGCCUGAGCCGCUGCGCCUCCAUCUGGAUCGUCAAUGACAUCAACAGAGCUCUGUCUGACAAAGAGGCGCAGAAAAUCUUUCAGGAAAGUUUGAGGAGCAUCGCUGGAGGAGGAGAGUGUCACAACAUCACUUUCAUCUGCACCAAAACAGACAACAUCGAUGCAGAAGAGAUCAAAAGGAACUACAACAUCAAAGGCGAGGAGCUUGAAAUCACUGAAUUUAAGGACUCUCCGGACUAUGAAAAAAAAGAGAAGCAGGCGUGUAUAAAGUACCGUAACGAGAAGGUGAAAGACAAAUUCAUGAAAAACCACAAAGUCAAAGCAGAGAAUUUUCUCCUUGGCAAAACUGCUGACUCAAACAGGCAUUUUAACGUGUUCACUGUCAGCUCCAGAGAAUACAGUUUGAUUCAGGAGGGAAAGAACACAACUCUUGAUGAGGAUAAAACAGAAUUGCCGAUGCUGAUUGAACACAUGAAGAAGAUCUACGUGUGGCAUUCAGAGAAGGCAGUGAAAGAUUAUGUGUCUGACGUUGCAGGGGUCGUAACAUUUCUGCACCUUUCAAAGAACCCUUGUAAUGCGAAGAUUGCAUCUUACACUUCUAAGGAAUUCGGAAGACUUGAAAAGGAGCUGAAUGAUGAAUGUGAAGAGCUGCACAAGUUUCUGACCAAUGUCCAGAGUAAACUGAGGAAUAACUUGGUAAAGGGAGUGAAAGAGGCUGAGAAGCAUUGUUUGACCAAUGGCAGAAAGUUUCUGGAGCCACUCAGCCCAGAGAUCCCUAACCACUCCCAGGACAACUGGGAGAUAUAA